CGGGCCGCCGCCGCGCUGUCGUCGCGGCGCCCCCGCCCGGUCCUCCGCCCGCUUGCCCGUCCGCACCGCCCCCGCCGCCGGCCAGCCGGGCCCGGAGCCAGGGCCGAGUCCGCGCCAUGCCGGCCCGGCUGCUGCGGCUGCUGCUGGCGCUGCUGCUGCCCGCCCCUGAGAUUUCCGGAAGUACGAGCACGGUGACGCUUCCUGAAACCUUGCUGUUUGUGUCAACUCUGGAUGGAAGUUUACAUGCUGUAAGCAAGCGGACAGGCUCAAUCAAAUGGACUUUAAAAGAAGAUCCAGUCCUACAGGUUCCAACACAUGUUGAAGAGCCUGCAUUCCUCCCAGACCCCAAUGAUGGCAGCCUGUAUACACUUGGGGGCAAGAAUAAUGAAGGCCUGACGAAACUUCCCUUUACCAUCCCAGAGUUGGUGCAGGCAUCUCCAUGCCGAAGUUCAGAUGGAAUUCUUUACAUGGGUAAAAAGCAGGACAUUUGGUAUGUUAUUGACCUCCUGACCGGGGAGAAGCAGCAGACUUUGUCAUCGGCCUUCGCAGAAAGUCUCUGUCCAUCCACCUCUCUUCUGUAUCUCGGGCGAACAGAGUACACCAUCACCAUGUAUGACACCAAAAACCGAGAGCUCCGGUGGAACGCCACCUACUUUGACUAUGCAGCCUCGCUGCCUGAGGACGACAUGGACUACAAGAUGUCCCACUUUGUGUCGAAUGGUGAUGGGCUGGUGGUGACCGUGGACAGUGAAUCUGGGGACGUCCUGUGGAUCCAAAACUACGCCUCCCCUGUGGUGGCCUUUUAUGUUUGGCAGCGGGAGGGUCUGAGGAAGGUGAUGCACAUCAACGUCGCUGUGGAGACCCUGCGUUAUCUGACCUUCAUGUCUGGGGAGGUGGGGCGCAUCACCAAGUGGAAGUACCCGUUCCCCAAGGAGACGGAGGCCAAGAGCAAGCUGACGCCCACCUUGUAUGUUGGGAAAUACUCUACCAGCCUGUACGCCUCCCCCUCCAUGGUACAUGAGGGGGUCGCUGUCGUGCCCCGAGGCAGCACUCUUCCUUUGUUGGAAGGCCCCCAGACUGACGGUGUCACCAUCGGGGACAAAGGGGAGUGUGUGAUCACGCCCAGCACAGACCUAAAGUUUGACCCUGGACUCAAAGGGAAGAACAAGCUCAACUACCUGAGGAAUUACUGGCUUCUGAUAGGACACCAUGAAACUCCAUUGUCUGCAUCAACCAAGAUGCUGGAGAGGUUCCCCAACAAUCUGCCCAAACAUCGGGAAAACGUGAUUCCUGCUGAUUCCGAGAAAAAGAGCUUUGAGGAGGUCAUCAACCUGGUUGACCAGACUUCAGAAACCGCGCCCACCACAGUGACUCAGGAUGUGGAAGAGAAGUUUACCCAUGCCCCCGCCAAGCCUGAGGCACCCGUGGAUUCCAUGCUCAAGGACAUGGCCACCAUCAUCCUGAGUACCUUCCUGCUGAUCGGCUGGGUGGCCUUCAUCAUCACCUACCCCUUGAGCAUGCAUCAGCAGCAGCAGCUCCAGCACCAGCAGUUCCAGAAGGAACUGGAGAAAAUCCAGCUCCUGCAACAGCAGCAGCUGCCCUUCCAUUCACCUGUGGACCCGGCACAGGACACAGAGCUCCUGGACAUAUCUGGCCCGUACUCGGAGAGCUCAGGCACCAGCAGCCCCAGCAUGUCCCCCAGAGCGUCCAACCACUCUCUGCACAUGAGCGGCUCUGCCUCCAAGGCUGGCAUCAGCCCCUCCCUGGACCAGGAUGACGAGGAUGAGGAAACCAGCAUGGUGUUGGUUGGAAAAAUUUCAUUUUGUCCCAAGGAUGUCCUGGGCCACGGAGCUGAGGGCACAAUUGUGUACCGAGGUAUGUUUGACAACCGUGAUGUGGCCGUCAAGAGGAUCCUCCCGGAGUGUUUCAGCUUUGCAGACCGUGAGGUCCAGCUGCUGCGAGAGUCAGACGAGCACCCCAACGUGAUCCGCUACUUUUGCACCGAGAGAGACCGGCAGUUCCAGUACAUUGCCAUCGAGCUGUGCGCAGCCACUCUGCAGGAGUAUGUGGAGCAGAAAGACUUUGCCCACCUCGGCCUGGAGCCUAUCACCUUGCUGCAGCAGACUACUUCAGGCCUGGCUCACCUCCACUCCCUCAACAUUGUUCACAGAGACCUGAAACCCCACAACAUCCUCCUUUCCAUGCCCAACGCACAUGGCAGGAUCAAGGCCAUGAUCUCUGACUUUGGCCUCUGCAAGAAGCUGGCAGUGGGCAGGCACAGCUUCAGCCGCCGGUCUGGGGUGCCCGGCACAGAAGGCUGGAUCGCUCCUGAGAUGCUGAGUGAAGACUGCAAGGAGAACCCAACCUACACAGUGGACAUCUUCUCUGCGGGCUGCGUCUUUUACUACGUGAUAUCUGAAGGCAGCCACCCUUUUGGCAAGUCCCUGCAGCGGCAAGCCAACAUCCUUCUGGGCGCCUACAGCCUCGACUGCUUACACCAAGAGAAGCACGAAGACGUCAUUGCACGUGAAUUAAUAGAGAAAAUGAUCGCGAUGGACCCUCAGAAACGCCCCUCGGCGAAGCACGUGCUCAAACACCCCUUCUUCUGGGGCCUAGAAAAGCAGCUACAGUUCUUCCAGGACGUGAGUGACCGAAUCGAGAAGGAGUCCCUGGACAGCCCGAUCGUGAAGCAGUUAGAGAGAGGUGGAAGAGCUGUGGUGAAGAUGGACUGGAAGGAGAACAUCACCGUCCCCCUCCAGACAGAUCUGCGUAAAUUCAGGACUUACAAGGGUGGCUCGGUUAGGGAUCUCCUCCGAGCCAUGAGAAAUAAGAAGCACCACUACCGGGAACUGCCGGCAGAGGUGCGUGAGACGCUGGGCUCCCUCCCCGACGACUUCGUGCGCUACUUCACGUCGCGCUUCCCCCACCUCCUCUUACACACCUACCGGGCCCUGGAGCUGUGCAGCCACGAGAGACUCUUCCAGCCCUACUACUGCCAUGAGCCCCCAGAGCCGCAGCCCGCCCUGCCACCCGAUGCCCUCUGAGCCAGGGCGGCCCCUCCAUUCUGGGCAGCCCCAGCUGGGACUGAGGGCCUGGUCUCUGCAACCCAGAGUGUGGCGCCUCCCGGCUUAACAGGGAGACCAGGGUUCCCAACCAAGUGCCUUGAGCUGCCAUUCUGCCGCCAGCAGAGGAUAAUGCUGACUCCAGGAGGUGGGAACAGUGACCCCUCCUGACCACCAGCUGGAAGGAUGUUGGACGUGAAAGCUUUACAAUCAGGAUGUCCACAGCGGAGGCCCAUUCCAGAGAUAGCGAAAGGAGUCCGCUUCGACCUUCUGCUGGAUAAACUUGCUUCAGACUUAGAUGUUUCUUUUUAAAAUUCCUGUUUGAUGUCAACCUAUGGGCUGAGAGAGCCUUUCAGGAAGGAGAGGAGGGAAUCCUAAGUUUUGCCCACGUGCUGGGGCAGGAGCAUCUCUCUCCUAGACCAGCCAGGCUGAGAGUGCGCCGCGUGCUGCCUGGGCUAGAAGUGGGGCUUGAGAGGUGAGCAUGCCGAGGAAGAGGAGGCUGCUCAGAGGGCAUCAUCCCCGGGGGACAGGAGAUGCCAUGGUGAUCACAAAUGAGCCCAGGUUCCCAGAGCCUGUGUUUUCUAGGAGGCAGUGAGCCUUGAGCAGGGGAUGCAGUGGCAGGGACGGGUCAGCGAUACAUUCUGGAAGGUGAGGUCACGUCUGCAGUUUUCUCUUGGACACAAAGAGGAUGCUCUGUUCUGGAGGCAGCUGAGUGCCGCCUGGUACACUGGUGGCCUGAAUAGUGGCCCCCAGUGGGUCUGUGUGCUGGGCCAUCUGGGGGUAUGCAGGCAUCUGGAGGCGAGAAAUAAUAUGUUCCCUGGCCAUCAGGGAGGGUAGCCAAGACCAGGCAGGGACAGGCCUUUGGGACCGGAGGGGCAGGCUGAGUGGCCACCCAAGAGCCUUGAGCCAGCGGGUAAGCAGUGAGGUCCCUCUGUCCCCGAGGCCACCAGGAACGGGGAUGCACAGUGAGUCGGGGCCAAGGCCAAGGUCAGUGGCACUUAGGCUUUUAUGGUUUUCUUGGCAAAUCUUAAUAACUAUAUAUUUUGAUCAAACUGUAGAAUACUACUUUAGCUGUAAGUAAGCUAAACUUAACUUUAAGCUUACUCAUGAAGAAGAGAUGCGAAAUAUAAUAAUACAUCUUCUAUUUUGUGUGGUUAAAGUACCAAAAAUCCAAAGUAAAACAUAGCAACACUAUAUAAAUGUAUUAAUUUUCAAAGUAAUAUUUUUUAAAUGAUGUCAGUGCCAUGAUAUGUUUUCUUUAAUUAAUGUAAUUUGUGACUUUAUUUUCAGUCCAAAAUUCCUGUCUUUUCUCUACCGAGAGCCUUAGAGGUUAAAAUGCAACCAGGGUGCCCUGGGAGGAAGUGCACCCUGUGAGCUUCCUCCAGUCCAGCAAACAGAUCACUUCAGGCCAGUCCUGGUGAACUCAGAGACUCCUUUCAGUAGUGAGACUUUCAUCAUCAAAUUUUAUACUAACUGACAGAGAGAUCACAAUUUCUUCUUCUCGUAAGAUGUUUUUUGGGAGUGUUUUUAUCAGGGCCCCUCAUCAAAAGCUCUUUUUCUGGCUUUUGUAAAAUUCAGUUCUCUUCCUUUCAGAAUGCUGGAAAUGACUUCUUCCCUUAUUAUUAUCCUACAUCUUUAGGCCUCAUUGAUUACCUCAUUUACACCUUGGAACCCAGGAGACUGGCAUCUUCUGCCUCGCGGUCUGUUUUCAGAAACACCGCCAGGGCUCUUUCUUCCCCACUUGCUGAUGCACUGUGCUGUGGCCUACUUUAGACACCAUUCUCAAGGGGUCUGAGCAAGAGUCCAAAGGUGGAGACAAUGCCACCAGUGACCUCAUGAGGCUGUCAGCUUUCUGUCCUGUCACAGGGACCACUGCCUCGCCUUGUCUUCAUCGCUGAAUUUCUCCUUUAAGAGUAGCCGGGUAGUUUCUAGCUGCCCAGGAUUUGCAGCAUCCCCCCGUUGGGCCCACCUCGCCACUGGGGCAGCUCUUUUCCAAUCCCUUUUCUGCUUAUGCUAUUAUUGGUUCCUAACCAACUAAAUCUCUCAAACUCAUUUAUUCAACAUGAUACUGGGUGCUGGGGGUACAGAGAUGAACAAGGUAGGCAAAGUCUCUGCCUUCCUAAGAGCUCCUAGUGAGAGCGACAACAACAAAAUAUCAGCACAAUGAAGAAAACUAAAGUGGUGGAGGAAAGGCAUGCAGUUUGGGUUUGCCUCUCUUCUGCUUUAAAAACUGCCAGUGUCCCAGCAUCCACCAGAUCUGGGCAGCCCAUCUUCUGACUUCUGUCCCUCGCCUGUAGGAACCCAGUCACUUGUCGGUCCUUCAACAGGUUUAGAGGUCUCAUGUGGAUGCUUGUCAUGGAACAGACCUUGGGUAUCAUCCGGCACAUCUGAUUCCAGUUUCUAGAAUUCCAGUUUCCUGUGCACGCAGUGCAGUGGGAAGUUGUCUUGUCGACUAGAUCAAAGUUCUACAACAUUGUACGUCCUGUUGUGGCUCAGUUGUUGGAGAUUUAGUUCAACUAAUGGGACUUCUACAAUUCCUGGAAGGCUGUUUAACAUUUUAGAAGUGUACUGUCUUCAUUUUUAAGACAGAAUUUAGACACAUCUGUUAGGAAUUCAAAGGACACCAUGACUUAUUUAACUCUUGUAUUGAACCUGUCUUUGGCACAUGCGCCAGAAUGUCUCUUGUUGCUUCUUGAGUCUUUUCAAAAGAGUUCCAGAGUGUCUGCAUUUUGGGAAUCUUGGUCUUAUUUGCUAAGUCACAAAACUAUGUUAUGAAUGAAAUCUAAAGUCCUGGGUGCAAAGAUGUUUUCCUCCCCCCUCGCCCUAAGUGCAGCAGUCCUCACAGGCACUUUCCAGUGAGACGUCACUCUGAUCAGUCACACACGGUGUACUGGAAGGUCCACAGCUUAGUGGAUCCAGCAGAGUGUUUUCUCCCCACCCACUCUAGAUGAAAGGUCCUCAUCAAAGUUAGCCCCGAUGCUGUCAGGAAGGUUCUGUGUGCAUGUGAUGCAUUGGCAAUUCUUUGUCACUGUAAUAAGAGAUAUGGGGGUUGCUGGCCUCACUUCUUGUAGAUGUAGCACUUUCUCCUCUUGCCCACUUCCUAUUCACAAGUUGGACUUGGCCUGGCUUGGUUUUCCUGAGCCCAUGCCCAUUCUCUGUCUCACUCUGUCCCAUUGGUCCUCAGCCUUAUGGUCCUCACAGAAGCGGGGCUGGCCCAUGCCCAUUCUCCAUCUCGCUCUGUCCCAUUGGUCCUCAGCCUUGUGGUCCUCACGGAAGGUGGGUUGGUUCCUGCCCAUUCUCCAUCUCGCUCUGUCCCUUUGGUCCUCAGCCUUAUGGUCCUCACAGAAGCGGGGCUGGCCCAUGCCCAUUCUCCAUCUCGCUCUGUCCCAUUGGUCCUCAGCCUUGUGGUCCUCACGGAAGGUGGGUUGGUUCCUGCCCAUUCUCCAUCUCGCUCUGUCCCUUUGGUCCUCAGCCUUAUGGUCCUCACAGAAGGGAGGCUGGCCCAUGCCCAUUCUCUGUCUCGCUCUGUCCCGUUGGUCCUCAGCCUUACGGUCCUCACGGAAGGUGGGCUGGUUCCUGCCCAUUCUCCAUCUCGCUCUGUCCCAUUGGUCCUCAGCCUUAUGGUCCUCAUGGAAGGUGGGGUGGUUCCUGCCCAUUCUCCAUCUCGCUCUGUCCCAUUGGUCCGCAACCUUGUCCUCAUGGAAGCGGGGCAGGCUCAGCUUUCACAGCCCUCAGUGCUGGAAGGAAGGCACCGUGCACUUGUAAAAGAGCCUCUUUAAGUCUUUGUUCAGCUUUCUGUCUCUGCUUUUAGUUUUUGAAAUUGCCGUUCUUUGUAUUUCCCCUCUUUGUCCAUUCCUUCACCAGUCUGGCCUUGACUUUUCCGGGAAGACAGUCACCAGGUGUUGUCCUGAACAGGUGAGCAAAAGUCCUUCUGUCCAUGGUUGGGCCGUCGCCAUUGAAACCAAGGUGUCUACUCUCUUCUAUAUUUGUUUUCUUUAUGAAGCGGUGAUUCCCACAAGGACCUGGCUUGGCUUUUUGUAUCAAAACUUAAAUCCUUUCUGUGUUCAUUGGAAACCUCACAGUGAGCCUCACACUGGAGGAGCCUUAACUAACGCCUCUGGGCAAAGUCCCACCCAGCCCCCUUCACCGCCUGCUCUUGAUGUGUUUGCUGGAUACGGUAUUUCUUUUCAGCAUCCCAAAAGCUGUGACGGGGAAGUCCCCACCAACUUACAAAGCAUUACUAGUCGACUACGCAGCUUUUGCAGAGCACCUUGUGUAGCAGUCUUUCUGCAAUGCCCUAUUUAUUUAACCUAUUUAUAUUUAUUUAAUUUUUACUCAAAAGUGUCUCCAGUUACAAGUGUACUUGUUGAAAGCACAGCAGAUUGGUUUCAGGCACCCCUGACCAUUUGAGAACUGGAAAAGCUAUGCUGUAUCCUUCCACAGGGUGGGCACCUCGCAGUAGUCUUAUCGUUAAAGGUGAAUCAUUUGGUCGGGGUAAAAUAUUAAUUUUUAGGUGAUUUUUUAAAAAAUCUUGUGCCAUUGUGUCUUCUCCAUGGACGGUUAAUCAUUGAGUCAGUAUGUGUUAACUGUGUGAUACAAUCCUCUUCGUGGAGCCUAAAAUUCUCUUUUUAGCUUUAUAUUUGAUAAACUGCCAGAUUGUACAACUUUAUGUGUAUUUUUAAAGCUGGACGAUAUGAGGGCCGUUAUCUAAGUUAAACGGCAUAUUUUUGUACCUCCUGUAUAGUUUUAUAAUUCUGCUGAUGAUGACAUCAUGUUGAGCCAACCACAAAUAAAGGUAGUUUUAGAUUUGGGGAUCAGUUGCAUCUUCUUACAGACUUGAACGGCACUCUCCAACCAAGGGCCAUUCCUGGCUGUCUUCCUGGGUAGGGCUUCUGGAUGGUGAGCUCUGAGCCAUUGGUUCAGCGGGUGGAAGAAUGGGCUGGCACUGGCCUGCCAGGCCGAGGGCUGGAACAUCCUCCUUGGUGGCUGUUUUUGGGAAAAAGUUAUUUGAAACACUGCAGGAAGUUCCCAAAGGUAUUGAUGUUUUGGGCUGAGUAUCAAGAAGGCAGCCAGGAUUGGACAGACAUCGUGUGGUCAGAAUUAGGCUUCAGCAGAGUUUGGGGCAUGUGUACAGCAAAUGGGGUCCCUGGGUGAUAAAAACGGUUCACGUGCUCAGCUGCCAAUUGAAAGGUUGGAGGUUCAAGUCCAUUCAGAGGUGCCUCAGAAGAAAGGCCUGGUGAUCUUCGAAAGAACAGCCAUUGAAAACUCCGUAGGCACAGUCCUACUCUGACACACACAGGAUCACCAUGAGUCAGAGCCAACUCAGGGGCAGCUGGUCACUGGUACAGUGAAUAGGAUGCUGGACCGAGAACUCCAGGAGAGAAGAGAAAUCAUCGCAAUAACUCAGACAGCAAAGUGGUGGGAGAGCCAAGACCUGAGCGUCAGCACGUAAGAUGACUGCACGCGCCAGGAACAUGCUCAGCUUUCCCCACAGGCUUCUCCUUCCACGGCUGGUCCUCUUCUGGUGAAGUCUGGUGAGGCUCAGUGCUCUCUUGCACCCCCAGGACAAGGUCCCCUCACAAAAGGGACUGCUGAAGCCCAGGACACCUUAGCAGUGAAAGCAUGAGGAGGCUGGCUCCUGCUCUACAGACACCCCACUCCUGUGCCUCAGUGAGCCCAGGAGCCUCACUGAGAAUGGCAGACACACCCUCCCCACUAAAGUGCUGAGUCAAGCGCACAGUCAAACUCAAGGGAGGGUGAAGGGCCGCAAGGUGUCAUGGGUACCUGUUCACUGCCUCGUGUCACCUCAAGUGGCAGAGGAGACAUUCUAGGAUUCCCUUCAUAGCUGUUAAACCAGGGCUUGGGCCAAGUCUUGAAUUGAUGCAGGCCUGGGAGGGAGGCAGCUGGUAGCACCCUUAGCUGCUUCUGAGGACAGAGAGAGAUGGGGUCCUCACAGCAAGUGGCUGAGAUUCCUCCUCGCCAGUCCCACACCCACACUACCUGCCAGUCAGGCUGUGGUCCUAGGACCUGGGGACAUUGUCAGGAGAGGGGCUUGGAGACAGGAUUGCGGCUUACAUGCUGAGUUAGCGGUGGGCUGCAAAGACGAUGCUUUUUUCUGGACAUUUGAUACUUUUAUUAAGUCUGUAUGUAACCAAAUACACAUACAUGCACAUGCGCGCGCGCACACACACACACAGGUAUAUCGUCAGUAAAUGUUCCUGUUUGCAGUAUCUUCCUAUACUUGUUAAUCUGUAUCAUUUGCACCGGACGCAGCUUUAGCUUUAGGACAUGCCUUCAUUAUGUAUUUCUCUCUCCCUGCAGACCAGUGUGUCCGUCGAGAUUGAAAACAUUUAACAUCUUUCACUGUAGUGAUAGACUGACCAGACCCUUUGGCAAGGUCAGAAAUCAGGGCAUGAGUCCACCUCUGAGCCAAUUAGCUGUGGGCUGAGGGCCAGGGCUAGCAAGAACACGGCAGCCCCCGGGAAACCAUUUUGAGAGACAGUGAGGAUGGGAAGGGGUAGUUUCCCAGUGGGGUCCGGGGACGCAAGUUGGGCAGCCAGGACAGUAACUUGGUGAACUUGACCUCUGAGAGAGGUCUUGGCAGGUAAGCCAAGUAAGUGGGGACUCUCUUCAUGUUCUUCUCUUCCUCUUCUCCAAAUCUACCUGGCCCUUCCCAGCCUGGCUCAAAGAUUGGGAUGAAGCCACAGACAUGUUCUCAUUGAGCUUGCAGUUGAUACAAAGCUGGAGAGAUUAAUCACCAACAUGAUUCAUGACCAAAUCGAGAUUCCAGGAGAUUGCAGAAACUGCAAUGCUAAGCCAGAACCCAAAGGAUGUUGGGAGGGCCUGCUUUUACCCUAAAGAAAAGGUGAUUGUGUGAAUGGUCCCCAGAUCGGCCAGGGAGUGGACGUGUUCUUCUCUGAACCCCAGGGACCCAGCCACCCUUAAUCGGCACUACUCAAGGCCAACGGUCUGUGUGCAGGAAGUUAGAGUAUGUGCUCUGGACGGGCAUUUGAAGGACCGCGCUCCAUGCUGGGCAUCCUACUCUGUAAGGAUGGGGGUGGGUGCACGAGGUGAGGGGCCUGGAAACUGUCAUAGACAUUUGAAGACACGAGAGGAGUUUGACCUAGAGAGACAUGAGAGCUGUCUGAGUCCCCCCAACUGUCGCGUGGAUGAGGAACCGGGUUUUCUGUCUUGUUCCAGAAGGUUUAAACUAGAUAAAGGGAAGCAGGGUCCAGGGCAGCCCAUCCCAGGCUCCAGGGGGGGCGGGGGGCUGCCUUUUAUCUUGAGAUGCCUAGCAGUACAGAAGGAGACCGUGUAAGGUAGUGAGCUCCAGGUCUCUGGAGGAGUCCAACAGAGGGGACGGGCCUCACUCUGAACAAACGAGAAAAAAUUCCUCCUUGGGUGAGAAGUUAGACUUAGAUCUUUUCCAAAUAAGAAUCAACCACUGAGGUCAGCCCCUCCUUGAGAUAAGUUGCUGGAACAGGGCUAUCUGCCCAGAUGUGAAUCACAGGAAGAGGGCAGGCAGAGGGGAAGCAGCCACCAAAGAGCUGUUCCCACAAUGGGGCGGGUUAGGGCGGCAGUUCUCUGGGAUUCUGCCAGGGGUGUAAGGUGGCUAGAACAAGGUGAGAGAACCAAGGAGCGGAAUCCUGAGUAGGUGCAGGAUUACCAAGGCCCAGCCCUGGUUUCUGCCAUUUUUCUGACUAGAAGCAUGAGAAGGAAAACCAGCAGCCCAGUGUAAGGGAAAGAUUGCUGGCUCAGGUUCAAGAGAUUGGCGCAAACCUUGCUGUGCCAUAACUAGGAACAUGGCCCUAGGAAAGUCCCAGGGCCCUUUGACCAAGAAGUUUUUCCUAAAAUACUCAGCAUUUCAAGAUGGCGACAAUGCUCACCCUACCGUCCUCCCUCCAACACCCAAAUCAAAGUCGAGAGAAGGUAAAAGCAGUUCAUGUGUAACUGCACUCAAAAAUAAGAGAGAACUGUUUGGACCAGAAGGAGCCUGGUGGCAUAGUGGUUAAGCACUCAGCUGCUAACCGAAAGGUCACUGUGGGAGAAAGAUGUGGCAGUCUGUAAAGAUUACAGCCUUGGAAACCCUAUGGGGCACUUCUGCUCUACCCUAUAGGGUCGCUUUGAGUUGGAAUUGCUUCGACAGCAGCGGAUCUUGAUUAGGGUUUGGACCAGAUGCGGGAGGAAUCGCUGAGAAACUCACUGAAGAGGGAAACGUCAGCCCAGGAGUGUAUGGGUGGAAAAAGCAAUGCCCUAGAAGAGGAAGCAAAAGGUCAGGGGGCCUCACUUGUGGACAGCAAGUGAGCUGGAGGCUUUCCCCAGGACACACUUCCCUCCACCUCUAAGGCUGCACAACAGCAUUGGAGAUGUUUGUCUUCAGGUGAGUCCCUGGGUGGUGCAGCUUGUGCUAAUAGCCUAGAGGUUGGUGGUUCGAACUCAUGCAGCCACACCACAGAAGAAAGGCCUGGCAAUCUGCUUCCAUUACAAUUACAGCCAAGAAAACCCUAUGAGCAGUUCUACUCUGUGGAAACCCUGGUGGCAUAGUGGUUAAGAGCUAUGGCUGUUAACCAAAAGGUCGGCAGUUCAAAUCCAGCAGGUGCUCCUUGGAAGCCCUGUGUGGCAGCUCUCGCCUGUCCUAUAGGGUUGCUAUGAAUUGGAAUCAACUUGAUGGCAAUGAGUUUGGUUUCGGUUUUCGUUCUACUCUCUAACACAUGGGAUUGCCAUGAGUCAGAGUCAACGGCAACAGGUUUGUUUUGCGGUUUUUUUUGUUUCCAGGUAAAAGCAGGGUGCGUGGAAGCUUGGGGGCUGGUGAGACCCCAUGAGCACCCAUACAAUCAGUGGGAACCACCGCCCCCCAGGUACCUGCCAGGAAACCCAUCCCACCUAGUCCCGUUCUCACUGAACAGGUGCAGAGUGUGGGCCCCAAGGGCAGCUCCUGCUCCUCCCCGAGGCGGGCAUCUCCCCCAGAUGGGCUGACAGGCAAAGGCAGAGACAAGAAUCUCCACCCCCACCUGGGAAUCCCAACUGCAACAAGGAGUGAAGUCCAUCUCCAUGCACUUGAGAAGAGCCAACUUUGAGAAACAGACUUCACAGAAGGGCUUACAUCUGAGGAAACAGGAACUCACAAGAAGUAUAAUUAAAAUAUCCUUAGAGAAGGGACGGUGUCUGACAUAGAUUGAAUUAUGUCCCCCCAAAAAUGUAUGUAUCAAUUUUGCUGGGCCAUGAUUUCCAGUGUUAUGUGGUUGUCCUUCAUUUUGUGAUUGUAAUUUUUUGUUAAAGAGAAUUAGGAUGGGACUGUAAUACCCUUACUUAGGUCACAUUCUUGAUCUAAUAUAAAGGGAGUUUCCCUGGGGUGUGGCCUGCACCACCUUUUAUCUCUCAAGAGAUAAAAACGCAAGGGAAUCAAGCAGAAAGCUGGGGACCUCAUACCACCAAGAAAGAAGCACUGGCAGCAGAGCACGUUCUUUGGACCAGGAGUCCCUGCACAGAGAAGCUCCUAGUCCACAGGAAGACUGAUGAGAAGGCUGUCAGAGAGAGAAAGCCUUCCCCUGGAGCUGACACCCUGAAUUUGGACUUAAAGCCUAUUUUACUGUGAAGAAAUAAAUUUCUCUUUGUUAAAGCUAUACAUUUGUGAUAUUUCUGUUACAGCAGCACUCUAUGGCCAAGACAGUGUUACAUCCAUGAAACACGAAAAAAGAAACGGUGGAAAAAUCAAGUCAAAUGGGGGGUGGGUGGACACAGCUGAAGAGGGACCCAGGAUCAGUAAGUUCAGGUGUGAGAUACUUUACAAAACAAAAGGGAUUUAGCAGUAUAGUUAAAUUAAAGAUCUCGAUAUGGAGAGAUGAGCCUGGAAUAUCCAGUGGGCCCAAUGUAAUCUCAAGGGUCCGUGUAAAAUGGGGGCUGGAGGGUCAGAGUCAGACCCAGUCAGCGAUGUGACGACAAGCAGCGUUGGAGUGGUGCAUUCUGAAGAUGGAGGAAGGAGCCAUGACCCAAGGAAUGCAGUCAGCCUCCACUGUUGCUGUUAGGCGCCACUGAGUUGAUUUUUGACUCAUAGCAACCCCAUCUGACAGAGUAGAACGGUUUAAUAGGGUUUCCUUGUCUGUAAUCUUUACAGAAGCAGGUCGCCAGGUCUUUUCUCCCAGAGAGCCCCUGAGUGAGUUCGAACUGCCAACCAUUCAGUUAGCAGCCAAGUGUUUAACCAUUGCACCACCAGGGCUCAUUAGGCAGCCUCUAGAAGGUGAAAAAGACAAGGAAACAGAUUCUCCCCUAAGUCCUACGAAAGGAAUGUAGCCCUGCCAACAGCUUGAAUUAGGACUUCUGACUUCCAGAACUGUAAAAUAACAAAUAGGUGUUGUUUUAAGCAAGGUCCCUGGGUGGACACUGUGGCUGAAACAGUGGGUGCAAAUAUACCUACUAUUGUGGGGAUGACAUGUGAUAGGGCAAUGUUUCAUUCUGUUAUACAUGGGGUCACUGUGAGUCAGAGAUGACUCGACGGUACCUAACAACAGCAACUGGGUGGCUCCAAUGGUUUGCACCGCACUCCUAACCUAAAAGGGAGCCCUAGUGGCGAAGUGGUUAAGCAAUUGGCCGCUAACCGAAAGGUCGGUGAUUCAAAACCCACUAUCUGCUCCAUGGGAGAAAGAUGUGGCAGUCUGGUUCCAUAAAUAUUACAGCCUUGGAAACCCAGUGGGGCAGUUCUACCCUGUCCUAUAGGGUCACUAUGAGUUGGAAUUGACUUGGCAGCAAGAGGUUUGGGUUUUUUUGGUAUUAGCAUAGAGGUUGGUUGUUUGAACCCACCCAGCAGUGCCGAGAGACCUGGCGAUCUGCCGCUGUAAAGAUUACAGCCAAGCCAACCACAAGGUCACUCAUCCUUCACGUGUCUGCUGCUUCCGUGGACUUUGACUUUUGAUGCAAGUAGAAUGAACUCGUUGACAACUUCAGUUUCUUCUCCAUUUAUCAUGAUAUUGUUUAUUGGUCCCAGUUGUAAGGAUUUUCAUUUUCUUCACCUUCAGGUAUAAUCUACACUGAAGGCUGUAGUCUUUGACCUUCAUCAGUAAGUGCUUCAAGCCGUCUUCAUUUUCAGCAGGCAAGGUUGUGUCAUCUGCAUAUUGAAGGUUGUUAAUGAGUCUUCUUCCCAUCCUGAUGCCAUGUUCUCCUUCAUAUAGGAUACGACCUCCCUGCACACCUUUUCCAAGUUUGAACUAGAUACACAACUAGUCAAAAACAAGCACCUGGUAGUAUGCAAUGGAUUUUUUUAAACUAAUCUUCGACUAGGCUCAAAUACUUCUUAAUCUAACGUUCAGGCCCUAAAAGAAAACAGCCUCACAGUAAAAGAACAAAAAACGAUAAUUUUUCUGUAUCUCUUGGGUCUUGUCUUUGCUGUCUGUAACAAGCCGAGGAGCUGCCUUUGACAUCUUUCCCAAAGAAACAGCUCAUUUUCCCAUCUGAGUUCCUAGGAAAGCCAAAAAACCAAAUUCAUUGCCACCUAGUGGAUUCCGACUCAGAGCAACCCUAUAGGACAGAAUAGAAGUGCCCCAUAGGA